GAGUGUCUCCACUAAAAGGAAUCCAUUAGAAGUUCAAGAAGGUCAAGAAGAAGCAGGAGGUGGGAAUAUCCGGGGCCGAAAGGGCAAUUCACAAAACAUUAGUUACUCUUCGGAAUUAGAAAAUGAAAAUUAUGAGAUCCUCGUCGUCAGCACCUUUUUACGAGGCAUCAAGAUGUAGCUGCAGGGUAAGGUUUAACAAUCACUUUUUCAUUCUGUUUUCUUUUUUUGUAUUUUUUUUUCUUUCUUCCAUUCUUUCUUUCUUACUGCGUGUCUCCAACACGAACAGGCGAACCAUGAUGGGAUCGAUGGAGGAUCUUACCGCCUGGGCCAAUACAGUAAUAAAUCUAAUCAAUGCAAAGUACGGAGUACGGAGCACAAGUAUAUCACUGUGGCUGCGGAUAACUCUGAAUAAGAAUAGACAGACAGAAGGACAGGCAGACAGACAAACAGACAGACAAACCUCACGUCUUUCCUAAUCAAUAUAAGACUGCAUCUGUUUCUUGUUGCUUCAUGAUAUGAUUAGAUCGCCUGCGACAAAAGUCUAUAGAGUCUCUGACGGUGCAAUCCAUGGGUGCC